UGGCGGCGAUUUUUUUUGUCGUGGGAGGAGUUUCGUUUCCAUAGCGACUGAACAACUUUAGUGGAGGGAUCCGCAAGUCUGAAGGUUCGAGCGACCAUGGAGUUCGAUCUAGGCGAAUAUUUCCGAGCGGCCUUCGAGGACAAGCUCCUAGUGAAGAUGCCUGAUCGGGAAGAUGACUUCAUGACACCAGCCACACGUCUCCUGGAGAAGAGAAGAGAGAUGGUGGAAGUGGAACAAGCGCUGAGCACCCAGAAGGAGGAGUUCCAGAUGAAGUCCGAGAGCCUGCAGCAGCGCCGCAGUGAACUGGAGCUCAAAGAAGAGAAACUCAAGGACUCUUUGUUUAAAUUUGAUAAAUUCCUCAAGGAGAACGACUCCAAGAGGAAACGGGCUUUGCAUAAAGCAGCUGAAGAACGGCAAAUGGCUGCACAGAAGGAGCGAGACGCUCUGCGACUUCAGGCAGAGAACACACAGCUGAUGCAACGCAAGCACAUUCUGCUGCAGCGUCAGGAAAAGAACAGCAUAUAUCAGCGAUACCUGCAGAGGGUGCUAGAGAGAACCGAUGAGUUUCAAGAAGUGCAGGAAAUGAUAGACCGGUUCAACACAUUAAUGGCAACGCAGAACAAGCUGUUAAAGCGGGAGCUGAAGAACCAGGAACAUGCAGAGAUGGAAAAGGCCAGGCUCUUGCACUAUCAGGAGGAAACAAGAAGUCAGAUCCUGGAACUGAACAACCAGAUUGCACAACUACAGGGAGAGCUGGAGAGAGCGCGGGCUGUGGCUUUUCAAUGGGAAUCUCGCUGGGCGCAAAUCCAGAACACCGCAGCUGAGAACACAUUGCGGCUGGGGAGAGUCCGGAUGGCAACACUAAAUUUAUUCCAAACUAUAUCCAAACAAAUGCGCCUAAAGACAGACAUUUCUGUGGAAGACACAGAGACACAGCUAGAAAAGAUUCAAAUCUGUUUUGAAGAUCUGGCUGCCAUUCAUAAGGAUCUAAAGAAGGCUGAGAUGGUACCACAGACACCGGCUGUACCCACCACGAAUUGAGAAGUGUAGUCUUUUCACUUUGCCUGUAUAGUCACAGCAAUAUAUUUGCAUGCAAUCGUUGUGUGGAUUACAGCCUUUCAUCUCUAUUCAAAAGCACAAAUUGUUGCAACCAACUGUGAGCAAAUGUGUCUGGGAAAGGGCGAGGGCUGGAAUUGUAGUUGAUAUUGUUUAUGGCUGACAUUAUUAAAAGGUUUUAAACCAAAAAAAAA